ACAAGAAAUCACUUUCUUUCUCUCUCUUAAUCUCUCCGACGAUUCAAGACAAUUCACUCUUCAUCUGAUAAGUAAUCUCUCUCUCUCUCUCUCUCUCUCUCUCUCUCUCUCUCUUUGAGGAAGAACACUGGAGUGAACGAAGUCUAUCUUUAUUGGUAAAGAUCUUGAUUCAAGGCGGUCAAGCUUGCCAGAAAGAGAAGGAAAUUGUUAACAGUGAAUUGGCUUGAGUUGGUCUCUUUCGUAUGGCUGUUUCGACCUCAAUUUUGUUGAAUACACCCUUGUAUUCACAUGCUUAUGAGAUGUGAAUUGAGGCUUUCAGAAUAAGUGUGGUAACCCCAACCAGAAUUAUCUUCUGACUGUUGGGGUUCAAAUUCUUAUCGCAUUCCCAAGAAAUGCACGUUCACAGGUUCUUUCCAGAGCUCACCCGUCUCACUGAACCGAGAUUAUAGUUUUGAAGAUUCUGACAACAGAAUAAACGACCAGUUCUCUUCAGAUGAACCAAAAUAUACGAACUGAUCAUAAAGAUGGUCAUUACUGAAUGAUGGUUGAACUGAUCGGAUAUCUUUUCUGAAUAGUAAAGCAUUCCUAGCAGCUACAGUUGAUGGUUUUAAGAAAUUGUUAUUCUUUGGUGUCCUUGGACACCGCUCUAGCAAAUACAGAAAUUUAGGUUGGUCUUAACCUGUUCAGUGUUUCCCUCUUAAUUUUUCAAAAAUGGACUUCAGCGACGGGUUUAUAUCAAAAGAACAUCAGGAACUGCUCAAAUCGGCUUGUGAAAGCAUAGAUCCAUCAUCUGUUUCUCCUUUGGAAGUUUCUAGGACUCCCAGAACACCUCGAGAGUACCAUGCAAAACACGAGUCUAGCACAGAGAGUCCUAAGGGAAGUGUACAGAAGCAUGACAGACACUCUCGGACUGGAAGAGAUGGCCGUCCAAAGAAAGGUGGCUCGGGUGGUAAAGGCACAUGGGGAGGAUUACUUGACCCAGAGGAUGGCUACUUUCUUGACCCAAAUGAUCCAAACUAUGACAGCAAUGAGGAAAUUAACCAAAUGAACGACAAAGCUUUUGCAAGUGCCCUCGAGGAGUACAAGGGGAAGUCAAAAAUAAUAAUUGAGGAGUAUUUUGCCACUGAUGAUAUUGCUGCAGCUGCUAAUGAACUAAAAGAACUUGGUUUUCCCAGUUUCGUCCAUUAUUUUAUUAAGAAGCUCAUCUCAAUGGCAAUGGAUAGGCAUGACAGGGAGAAGGAGAUGGCAGCUGUUCUGUUGUCCACAUUAUAUGCAGAUGUUAUUGAUCCUCCUCAAGUGUAUAAAGGUUUCAGUAAGCUGAUCGAGUCAGCGGAUGAUUUGGCAGUAGACAUACCGGACACAGUGGAUGUGCUAGCCCUGUUCAUUGCUCGAGCCAUAGUUGAUGAUAUACUCCCACCGGCCUUCUUGACAAAGCAUUCAAGUUUCCUCCCGAAGGAAUCAAAAGGAAUGGAAGUGAUAAGAAGGACAGAGAAGGGCUAUCUUUCAGCACCACUGCAUGCAGAGGUAGUAGAGAGGAGGUGGGGUGCCAGCAAGAGCAAGACAGUAGAAGCUGUCAAGGCAAAGAUAGGUGACCUUCUGAUUGAGUAUGUAGCAAGCAAGGACAAGGCAGAGGCAUGCAGAUGCAUUAAGGAUCUAAAGGUCCCUUUUUUCCACCAUGAAAUAGUCAAGCGAGCAUUCAUUAUGGCAAUGGAGAGGAGGAGUGCAGAAGGUCCUAUUCUUGACUUGCUCAAGCAAGCCUUUGACGAAUGUGUGAUAAAUUCAAGCCAGAUCUCUAAAGGAGUUGGUCGGCUAAUCGACACUGUUGAUGACUUGUCACUUGAUAUCCCCAAUGCAAGAGAACUUCUGCAAUCUUUGAUAUCAAAGGCAGCAUCUGAAGGCUGGCUGUGCACUUCCUCCCUCGGGCCUUUUCCUCCACAGACAGGAAGGAAACUAGAGGAUCAUAGAGCUCAAGCCUUCAAAAAGAAGGCCAUCUCGAUAAUCCGUGAAUACUUCUUAUCAGGUGACACGUUUGAAGUGAUCAGCAUAUUGGAAUCAGAGGAAGAUCUCAAUUAUACAGGAUUGAGAGCUCUUUUUGUGAAGAAACUUAUAACUUUGGCGAUGGAAAGGAAGAACCGAGAGAAAGAGAUGGCCUCCGUUCUGCUUUCUUCUUUAUGUUUCCCUGCAGAUGAAGUUGUCAAUGGCUUCGUCCAGUUGAUUGAAGUUGUGGAAGACAUAGCACUGGAUGUGCCUGUUGCAGUUGAGCAUCUAGCGCUGUUCAUAGCAAGAGCAGUAGUGGAUGAAGUCCUCGCUCCCCAACAAGUAGAAGAGAUUGCUAACCAGAUGACACCGAAUCAAGAGGCAGUUGGUAGCAGAGUGCUUCACAUGACAAGAUCAUUACUAGCUGCUCGUCUAUCUGGGGAGCGGAUUUUGAGAUGCUGGGGUGGUGGAACUACCAAAGGCACUGGCUGGACGAUAGAGGACGUGAAAGAAAAGAUCAUCAACUUACUGGAAGAGUAUGAGAGUGGAGGUGACUUGGCAGAAGCAUGCCGCUGCAUUCGUGAAAUAGGGAUGCCAUUCUUCCAUCAUGAAGUGGUGAAGAAGGCACUGGUAAUGGCAAUGGAGAAGAAGAAGAAGCAGCAAGAGAGACUGUGGAGGCUGCUCGAUGAAUGCUAUGGGAUUGGCAUAAUCACCAGCAACCAGAUGACCAAAGGCUUCUCAAGGGUGGCAGAGUGCAUGGAAGAUCUGAAGCUGGAUGUGCCGGAUGUGGCAGAACAGUAUGGCAGUUAUGUAAAGAGGGCCAAGUCUGCAGGGUGGCUGGACGACUCUUUCUGUGAAGGCAAAACAGGGAAUGUUCAGGAAAAUGGAUUCUGAUCACGGACAAAAUGAGCCAUGGUUUCAUCAUUAUGCAGAUUCUCUUGUUGUUGUUUUAACUUUUAAUUCUAGAUCGGGUUUCUAUGGAUGGCUGAAUAGAUGAGAUUUGUAACAAUACAAUUACUGAAAUAAA